AUGACUGAGCUAUCCUUCUCAAACACUCCCACCAAGAAGAAUGAGUUAUCCAGUAACCUCUUCUCCAUCUUCUUCAACUUCUGUUUCUCCAUUUUUUCUCACCCUUUGUACUUCUCCUACUUCAUCUUCUUCUCCCCUUACCUCCUCAGGCUCCUCUCUUUCCUCUCCCCUCUGUUCAUCACCACAGCCCUUCUCCUUGUUGCCCUUCUCACUUUCACUCCCAACAAUCUUGUUCAGGACAAGUGUGGUUCCGAGCCUUCUGAGUCCAAGUGGGGCAUUCUUCUUUCUGUCUUGCAAUAUUUUCUUGCAUGGCUGCACUCCAAGGCUGAUGAGAUGGAUGAGGAAAUGGGGUUGCUAGGCGAGGUUGAAGCAUAUCUUGUCAUGUUCCAAGCAUCAAUCUUUGAAGUGUUUGAGCCUAAGUCAGAAGGCUUUGAAGCAGUUGAAGCAGUUGAGUGCUUAACUGAAGCAAGAGAAGAUUCUUGUCCAAUUGGAGAUCCAAAGCCCAGUGCCAAGUUGGAUGAAAACCUUGUUCCACAGCCAAAGUUCGAUUUUCCGUUGGAAGAUUUGCCUAUAUUUAGUGCCCGACAGAGUUUUGAACAAGAUUGUCCCCAAAGGAAGAUACAUGAGGAGAAGCAAACAGUGUUAGAUGAAGACCCAGUUGAAAAAGUUGAUGAAGUGGAAGCCACUGUGCCAGUUGUAGAAGUCAAGAGCCUAGAAAGCUUGUUCCAAGAAAAUGAAGGGUUAGAAGAAUUGUGUUGUGAAAAGGAGCAGAAAGAAGUGAGGCCACUGAUUACUGAGUUCAAUAAAGUUGAAGAAAGUAAAGAGAAAUUGGCCUUGAGAAGUGGAUCCAAAGUGAAUCCUAUGAGUGAUGGGGAAUUUGGGUUUGGUGCAUCAGGGAGAGUGAAGUCUUUAUCACAGAGACUAGAAGCAAAGAUUGGGAGUCCAGAAAGCAAGUGGGUGUACAGUGGGUGCAAUGAUGGGGGUUUUGGUUCAAUGAGAGUGGAGAAAGAGUGGAGGAGGACUUUGGCCUGCAAGCUGUUUGAGGAAAGGCACAAUGCAGAUGGGAGUGAAGGAAUGGACAUGCUUUGGGAGACUUAUGAGACAGAGUCCAACAAGGUUGUGCAGAAGAGCAAGAGCAAGAAAGGGAAGAAGGGUGAGGUUGAGAAAAGUGAGGAUGAGGAAGAGGAAGAGGAGGAGAUGGAGGGUAAGUUGUGCUGUUUACAGGCUCUGAAAUUCUCAACAGGGAAGAUGAAUUUGGGAAUGGGAAGGCCUAACCUUCUCAAAUUCUCCAAGGCCAUCAAAGGCAUUGGAUGGUUGCACCAUGUUGGCAAGCAUGGCAGAAAAAGUAGCCAUUCAAAUUAG